AUGAUAAAGACAAGAAUAAAGAAUAUUUUUGCACAUACUACCACUUCUAUUGGUGCCAUAACUACUACUACUACUACUACUACUACUACUACUACUACUACUACUACUACUACUACUACUACUACUACUACUACUACUACUACUACUACUACUACUACUACUACUACUACUACUACUACUACUACUACUACUACUACUACUACUACUACUACUACUACUACUACUACUACUACUACUACUACUACUACUACUACUACUACUACUACUACUACUACU